GUACGAUUUUUCCAUGCCACCAAAGGGUCGCAAUCCGAAUCCGAGUGGACUGGGUCGCGCAAUCAUCAAUAGGAAGGCGAAGGAUGCACGGAUCGCUCAUGAGACCGGGAUUUAUACCACGGACCCCGAAUCCACUCGCCUACAGUCUAUCACCCAGGAACGGGAUUUGGAUGAGUUCUUGAACACGGCGACUCUCGCAGGAGUGGACUUCACAGCCGAACGACGCAAUGUCAAGGUCAUCGCGGCAGCCGCCAAUGCACAACAAAAUCCAUACCUUUUGUCGGAGGAAGAAGAAAGGACCACUCUCCGCAAGCAAAGCGAGAACAAACAGCGUCUACGCGUACCGCGACGACCCCCAUGGACGAAGAGCAUGACGACGGCUCAGCUAGAUAGGCAAGAGAAGGAUGCGUUCUUGGAAUGGAGAAGAGGUCUUGCAGAUUUACAAGACAGAGACAACUUCCUGCUCACGCCGUUUGAACGCAACAUCGAGGUUUGGCGGCAACUUUGGCGUGUACUCGAACGAUCGCAUCUAGUCGUUCAGAUCGUUGAUGCGCGGAAUCCUUUACGCUUCCGGUGCGAGGACUUGGAGGCGUAUGUUCAGGACGUGGAAGGAGCGGAAGGAGAGGCGGGGACAGGUACAGGGAAGCGGAGAAGUCUGCUUCUCAUCAACAAGGCAGACCUCUUAACCGCUCAGCAGAGGAAACUAUGGGCGGACUACUUCGACUCGCAGAACGUGAAGUACGCCUUCUUCUCUGCCGCGAACGCCGCCGCGAUUCAAGAAGCGAGGCGGGAUGCAGCCGCGGCGAAUAGACCACAGCAUGUGCUUGAGGCGCAGGCAGACGCUGAGACCAGAAGUGGUGAGCAGGCUCCUGGAGCGGAGUUUACUCCCGCGGUGGACGCUGCCGAUGCAGACGAUGAAAGCGAAAGUCCCGCUGAAGAUUCAGAUGAGGAGACAUCUUCGGACGAUGACACCCAGUCUGAAGAGGGCGGUGCGUUUCUUCCUAUCGAGGAGGAACCAGAGGCAUCGGAUCCGCGAACAAAAGUGCUGUCUGUGCUGGAGUUGGAGGAGCUGUUCCUUCGGACUGCCCCGGAUCUGUCAACAUUCACCGACUCCUCGGGUCAACACCCGACGAAGCUUGUCGUCGGUCUCGUUGGGUAUCCCAACGUCGGCAAGUCAAGUACUAUCAACGCGCUCAUUGGCGAGAAGAAGGUCAGCGUGUCCUCGACCCCGGGAAAGACAAAGCACUUCCAGACGAUACACCUGUCCCCGACGCUAGUUCUCUGUGAUUGUCCUGGUCUCGUCUUUCCCCAGUUCGCCACCACCAAAGCCGACCUAGUGUGCGACGGCGUUCUACCCAUCGAUCAGAUGAGGGAGUACACCGGACCCACGACGUUGGUGGUGAGACGUAUCCCAAAGGAGGUGUUGGAAGCGACUUAUGGUUUGUCCAUUCGGACAAGGAGUAUCGAGGAGGGUGGUGAUGGAAGGAUCAGCGGCCCUGACCUACUUGUCGCAUAUGCGAUUGCCCGAGGUUUCACUCGAUCAGGACAGGGCAAUCCCGACGAAGCUCGCGCAGCACGGUAUAUCCUGAAGGAUUACGUUAACGCGAAGCUCCUGUUUUGCUAUCCACCGCCUGGUGUCCCCGAAGAUGAGUUCAACGAACAGACACGUCAACUCGCCUUACGUCGCGCAAUGGGAAAGAAGCGUGCGCCUACGACACGGGUUACGAUAAAGGCGGAUACUUUCGUCGCACCCGCCGCUCCCGAUGACUCCGCGCCCGCAACAAAUUCCUCCAACAAGAGCAGGAAGCUCGAUCAAGAGUUCUUUGCCAAUGGGACGCUCUCGUCACGUCCACAUAUGCAAGGCGCAAGAGGGCAGGGACAAGAAUUUUCGAGGUCGAAAUUGUAUCCGCACCAGAACAUGGUCGCAGAUGACGGCACCCCAUUGACUGGACGGAGGGCGCGGAUAGCUGCGGUUCUUGCUGCCGGCGGCGACGUUGCACCAGGCAAGAAGCACCAUAGGAAGAUGAAGCGGGUCAAGCAGAGGAGCGGGAAAGGUUACGACGACUGAGUGUGUUCGUCCCUGUUGUGUAUCGACUGACCUACUGUAGCCCUAGACUCUCCAGCCCGUGUUGCAUGUACUGUGUUUGUCUACUUG